AUGGUACAUAUUUGCAUUCUUGAUGGACGCUUUAAUCACGCUCAUUUAAGACACACUAGACACUUGGAUCAUAUUGAUAAUUGGGAGAACCAUAAAUUACCUGAUGAUGAAAUUGCUGUACCUUUGAAGCAUCAACCUCCUUUAACUGAAGAUAAUGAUGACUUUAAUAAUUUAUUACCGGAACAACUUAAAUCAGAGAACAAAAAAUGGACUGAUCUUGCUUUAGAUUUUCUAAAUGAUGAGCCACAACAACUACAAAAUCAAAAUCCACAACAGUCACAACAAAUUCAAUAGAUUUAUUAAAUAAACGAAAUUGUUGACAAUUGAUUACUUAGUCUGGAAAUCUUCAUUUUAGUUUUUAUUAAUAAAAUUUAUGGCAUUUUAUGGUUAAGAGAAGUUCUUGUUCGUAACUAUCUAUUUUAUCCGUAAGGGCCUUAUAU